AGCUGUAUUUCGCUGUAAGUUGGUCUUAAUACUUUAAUUUCAGUCUCAUGUAAAUUACUUGAAGUUUUGGUAACGGAACACCACAGUAAUGUUUCCAUCCUAAAAGCCCUAAUAAUCAUGGGGUCCGUGCGCGCGGCGUCUUGGCGCGCCUCAGUGAAAACAGCGAGCCAUUGCUUUGACGUCACGGUGAUGAUGAUGAUUGGAAUCCGAACGGCGAGUGUAGUGCGCGUGAAGCGGCUCCUGUGAACCUCAGUAUGUUGAUGCCUUAAUAACAAGUGUUCAAUUUACGCGCCAAUUGCAGGAGUACUCAAGGAGAGAAGCAAAUCUGUGAGAUGGUUCGGUAAAUGUCGAUGUAAUGGAUUUGACUAAAAUGGGUGCGAUCCACCUCCAGAACCCCGGCCACCCCACAUCGCUCCUGCAGAAGGCCAACCAGAUGCGCCUCUCUGGGACAUUGUGUGAUGUGGUCAUCAUGGUCGACAGCCAGGAGUUCCAUGCCCACAGAACCGUGCUUGCAUGUGCUAGUAAGAUGUUUGAGAUCCUGUUCCACCGCAACAGCCAACAUUACACUCUGGACUUCCUCUCACCAAAGACCUUUCAGCAGAUUCUGGAGUACGCCUACACUGCCACGCUCCAAGCAAAGCUGGAGGACCUGGACGACCUGCUGUACGCCGCAGAGAUUUUAGAGAUAGAAUAUUUGGAGGAGCAAUGCCUGAAGAUCUUGGAAACCAUCCAGGCAUCCGAAGAGAACGACACGGAUGUGAACAUGAAUGAGAACGGUGCAGAGGAUGCCGAUGACCGCAGGAUCAAGUACCUUAAGAGCACUUUUAUCUCCAAAAAGCAUUCCAUACAGGACGCCGGCUACGGUACCGCCGCCCGCCAUCGCCUGGCCCUGGUUAGCAUGGUCGAUACGAGAUCUUCAGAGUCCGCCCAACUGGGUCUUUCGACCGUCAGUCCGACUAAAGCAGCCGUAGAGGGCCUGAUGAGCAUGGGUCAGUCCGUCCUCCAAGGCAACAUGUCCCAGAGUUUCUCACAUAACCUUGGUAAGGCAUCUCCAUUGCUUGAUAAGAUCAAAACCGAGAUGAUGCAGGUAGAUGAGGACUACCAACACGAUGGCGGCUUCCCCAGGAACGGGGAGGGUGGCGGCGACUCCAGGCAGCACCGGGACACUCCUGGAACCCCGACCAGAGGCAGCGUCAUCACCAGCGCCCGUGAGCUCCACUCCGCCGAUAGUUCUGCUGAUUCCCAAGGAGACAACAGCCAAGCGGGUCUGGUCAAUAUGGCCAGUCUGGCUGAUAGACAUUUCGCUUCACUGUGCUCUAUCCCAUCCAACCAUAAGAGCGAAAGCAUGCUGCCCUUGCCUGUAUCCAUGGCCUCAUCGCUACAUGUGCCAUCCUCCCUGGCCAUGUCGAUGGAUUUCAGUGCAUAUGGGGGGCUCUUUCAUCAGAGCUUGAUUCAGAGGGAGUUCUUAAGCAAGCUCGGAGAUUUCACAGCAAAUGUGAAGCACGAGGUCCAAACCCAGAAAGAACGAUGUGAGGUGUGUGAUAUGGAGCUGCCUGACAAUGAAGCUGCUGAACAACACAGGAAGUUGCACGGUGGAGUGAAGACCUUUGGCUGUGAGUUCUGUGGAAAGCAGUUCCUGGAUAGUUUACGACUAAGGAUGCACAUGCUGUCUCAUUCAGCUGGACCAAAAGCACUAGUAUGUGAUCAGUGUGGGGCUCAGUUCUCCAAGGAAGAUGCCCUGGAAGCCCAUCGACAGACUCAUACAGGCUCAGACAUGGCAGUGUUUUGUCUUCUUUGUGGGAAGCGUUUCCAGACCCAGAAGGCUUUGCAGCAGCACAUGGAGAUUCACGCCGGCAUGCGCAGCUACAUUUGCAGCGAGUGCGAACGCACUUUCCCGAGCCACACGGCGCUCAAACGCCAUCUCCGCUCGCACACAGGUGACCACCCGUUCGAGUGCGAGUUCUGCGGGAGCUGCUUCCGUGACGAGAGCACGCUGAAGGGUCACAAGCGCAUCCACACCGGAGAGAAGCCUUAUGAAUGUAACGGCUGCGGAAAGAAGUUCAGCCUCAAGCACCAGCUGGAGACCCACUACCGUGUCCACACAGGUGAGAAGCCGUUUGAGUGCAAGCUGUGCCACCAGCGCUCACGGGACUACUCCGCCAUGAUCAAACACCUGCGUACCCACAACGGCGCUUCGCCCUACCAGUGCACCAUCUGCCAGGAGUACUGCCCCAGCCUCUCGUCCAUGCAGAAGCACAUGAAGGCCCACAAGCCUGAGGAUGUGCCCCCAGACUGGAGGAUAGAGAAGACGUACCUGUACCUCUGCUACGUGUGAGACAGAGCCACAAAAAAGGAACGGGGAAUGUGGCAAGAUGCGCCCAGGGACAAUUCACCUAAAGGUUUGCUUUUGGUCCAGGCCAAAGACAGUGAGGGCGUGUGGUCGAACUGAUGAAAUGUGAUGUGGAAUUUUUUUGACGUUUUGUUUGUGAUAUGCAUUUGUGCACAUUUUUAGGAUGUAACUGCACUCACAAAUGUUUAUGAAAUGGAAAUGUGAUAUGCGAUAAAGGGAUGUGAAUUUUCAGAAAGUGUUAGUAUAGUCCACCACUAUGACGAGAAUCCAUUUGUCUGCAUUCCACCCUGUUGAUUGGAAAAAGUCACUACAUGAUCAUACAUGAUAAGGAUUCCUGCACUUUUCCUCCAUGGAUGAAACCCAUAAGUCAUAUAUUUUCAAGACCCUAAAAAAUCACUUGAGUUGACAUUUAGAGGAAUUAUAGGGAUCAUCCAAUAGGUUUAGUUACAAUUAUUUUAGUUACAUCACAACCACGAUUUUAAAUGGUCAAGGUCUCUAACAGUUCAACGUUUGGCGCUACACUAACAACCUCUCAAAGAACGCAAAGCCUCAAAUUUAGAUUUCGUGUGGUCUUAACAGAGCUAUUCUGAGUCAGAUAAAAACAUGGACCAAAGCUUCAAACUCACGUACAUGAUGAAAUAGAGGAGCUAAACACAUUAGCGGAUGAAAUUAUGCCAUUUUUAGUAAAUUGCUCCCUUAAGUUCAUUAUUAGGCUUUCUAGUCCUCAAUUUUAAUGAUUUUUUUUUAUAUAAGUACGUGUGAGGAAAUGCACAGGGUUGGACCCAUUAGUCAUUUUCUUUAAAGCGUAAUAAAGUGCUUAACAAAACAGCUUUUCUCAGAGGUACAUCCAAAUUGUGCUGCCAAGCAACUGUAGUGGAUGUUCAGGGACAUUUAUUCAACCUUAAAUAACUACACUGUGCACUUUCAGAGUUUCAGAGGCCCUUUUUUGUUGUUUUCAGCACUACAGAGAGGUUAUUCUAUAUAAUUUGCUUUCAUUUCAGUCUCUUUCGCACCAAAUAAAACAGUAUGACGGUUGAUUUCAUUUUUACAUUCACAUAGUAACAUUUUGCUAUUGCAGGCAUUUUAGUCUAAUGAAUUGUUAAUGCCGUACUCAUGAAUUAAAAAGAGAUUAUUUUUUAGAAUCAAAAAACGAAAUGCAGUAUAUGCUUCUGUGGAUAUGUCGAUAUAUGUUUUGCUUAGGAUACUUUGUUAGUAAGCUAGCCGUUAUAGUUUGAGUUCUGUCAUUUCUGUUCAAACGUUUUACUUGAAUUGCCUAAUUUUGUUACCUCACAUGCUAGAUUUAUUUUUGUACUAGACUUUUGUUUCUCAUUUCCUGCUGAGCUGAGUUUAAAAACUGUGCAACGUGAAGUAAUUCAUCGGUAUCAGAAUACCACAUCAUCAGACCCACACGGAAUCCGAGAGAUCCCGCAGAUUUGAGCAGAAUUGGAAUGACCGUUCUGUAUAUUGCAUUACAUUGCAUUACAUUUGCUCUUUACAUUUAAAGCGUUUUACUAUGUUUAAAUGUUUUCCACACUAUUGGAGAAUUCUCAAAACAAAAUCCGUGGAGUGAAGGUGGUGUUCAGCUAAUUUUCUUGGGCAAAAUCCUAAAAUCCCACACUCUAAUAGCAAUAGCAAUAUGUGAUUAUUUUACGUUUUGGCGAAUUGGUGGCUAAUUCGUAUUCAUUUGUAAGAUGUCAUUUUAGUAUGAUAUGCUUAUGGCCAACUGAUGGUUAGAUUUCAAGGUGGACCUUUGUGCUUAAGUUUUUCUAAAAAUCGUACGUUACUGUUCAUACAAAAUCACCACCUCAUAAAAUAGUUGUAGUUUUCUCAUUAGGUCGGGUUGGAAAUACCAACACAAUCUCAUGGCCACUAUUUCACAUUUAAUUCGUAAUCUCAUUUCGUACGAUCUUCUUACACCCCACCUACGAUAAUAUUUAGGGGUGGGGUUAAGGCUUCAUGCUUACUUUUUUCUAAAAAUUUUACGUUUCCUUAUAAAUCGAAUCGUACGAAUUCAUACAUAAUUGACCAUAUGAAUGACAUUGUACGAAUUUAUACAAAAUCGCCACCUCAUAGUUACGUUUUAUCAUUAGAUCAGGUUGGAAAUACCAACACAAUUUAUUGCCAACUAUUUUAUUUCGUAAACUCAUUUCUAUUUCCUUACAAAUCAAAUUGUACCAAUUCAUACGUAAUCGACCUUAUGAAUUACCAUACGAAUCACAUUGUACGAAUUCAUAUAAAAUCGCCACCUCAUAAAGUCGUUAAGUUUUCUCAUUAGGUUCGGGUUGGAAGUACCAACACAAUCUCAUGGCAACUAUUUUACGUUUAAUUCGUAAUCUCAUUUGUAUGUUUUCGUACGGUCUUCUUACACCCCAGUGGACGGUUAUGUUUAGGUGUGGGGUAGGGCUUCAUGCCUACUUUUUUCCAAAUAUUUUACGUUACAAAUCACAUUGUAAAAAUUCAUACGUAACCGAUCGUACGAAUCACAUUGUACGAAUUCAUACAAAAUCGCCUCCUCAUAAAAAGUUACAUUUUCUCAUUAGGCCGGGUUGGAAAUACCAACACAAUCUCAUGGCAACUAUUUUACGUUUAAUUCAUAAUCUCAUUUGUACGUUUUCGUACGAUCUUCUUACAAACCAGAGACGGUAAUAUUUAGGGGUGGGGUUAGGCUUUCAUGCUUACUUUUUCUAAACAUUUUACAUUUCCUUACAAAUGACAUUGUACGAAUUCAUACGUAAUCGACCAUACGAAUUACCAUACGAAUCGCAUUAUACGAAUUCAUAUAAAAUCGCCACCUCAUAAAAUAGUUACGUUUUCUCAUUAGGUCGGGUUGGAAGUACCAACACAAUUUCAUGGCAACUAUUUUACGUUUAAUUCAUAAUCUCAUUUGUACGUUUUCGUACAAUCUUCUUACAAACCAGAGACGGUAAUAUUUAGGGGUGGGGUUAGGCUUUCAUGCUUACUUUUUCUAAACAUUUUACAUUUCCUUACAAAUGACAUUGUACGAAUUCAUACGUAAUCGACCAUACGAAUUACCAUACGAAUCGCAUUAUACGAAUUCAUAUAAAAUCGCCACCUCAUAAAAUAGUUACGUUUUCUCAUUAGGUCGGGUUGGAAGUACCAAUACAAUCUCAUAGCAACUAUUUUACAUUUAAUUCGUAAUCUCAUUUGUAAGUUUUCGUACGGUCUUCUUACACCCCGGUGACGGUUAUGUUUAGGGGUAGGGUUAGGGCUUCAUGUUUACUUUUUUUCUAAAAAUUUUACAUUUCCUUACAAAUCACAUUGUAAAAAUUAAUACAUAAUUGCCACCUUGUAAAAUAGGAAUCAACAUGAUUGUGAAUUUUGUGAGAGGAUGAACAUUUUUCACCCAAGCAAAUUUCGCAACAGGUUCAAGUUGGACAUGAAAAUUUGCUGCUUUGACCAACCGAAAACUAUUUUAAAGUGACUUCUGUUUGAGUGGCGCUUCAUCGCCACAGUAUUGACAAUGGACAAUACUAAUUUUGCCCACAAAAUUUCGUUAAUGUGACCGCACCUUACCUGCGAAUUCCGUCUGGGUCUGCGCAUUAUUCAGUGGUAUUUUAGCGUUAAGAGUAGUACAAGUGUGCAUAUCAGUCUCUCGGCCAUCUGUUUCAGGGCUACCUCUACUCUGCUCUUAGUUUUGCACUAAAGCAAAAGCACACUUUUGUUUUGCUUGUAACUAGCAUUUUCAUUUACACCCACUCUCAUGUUUCCAUUCGCUAAAAAAAAAAGAAAUCCCGGUUCGUUCGUCAUUAUAUUUACACUCCUUACAAUGAAACAUAUUCAGACUGAAAGGGAAGAUGCAUACGAUCUAGAUAAUUUUAGAGUAGCAUUGAGAAAAUGUUUAGUUAUUAGAUACUUGAGGGGAUAAACUUGAAACAAUGCGAAUAAAAAUGAUCUUUUUAUGUGAAAAUUAUUCAAGCGGUGAGUCAUCAGAGAAGCGGUACUGAUGCGUGCAGUUACGUGGGGAUAUUCGCUAGAGAAAACAAACGAAUAGGUGAUUUUCUGUGAAAAUAAAUCUCUCGACAAGAGCCAAACUCGGCACUUUGAUAAGGGAAUAUGUUGUAUUUUUGUACGGGGUAUUGUGCGACCCUUGUUCUUUUGUUCAUUUUGAGUGAGGCGAAUAUUUUUACAGUAUCUUUUGCAUUUGUGCUUGUUCUUGAUUUGAGUGGAAAAUUGUUUUCUUGUGCUUAUUUUACAAUGUUAAACAUAUACAAGUAGUAGAUGUUUGUAAAAACAUAUUGUAGUCAUUGCUGCUGGGUGUCAAUUCAUAUGAUGACGAUGAUGAUGAUGAUGAUGAUGAUGAUUCCACAUUUUAAGUAUAAAAUGACUUUGAGUGAACUAAUGCCAAGAGCUGUAGGUCUACGACAGCGUAAUGGAGCACAAGCGAUGUGUAAGACAUGAAAAGUAAAGCUGUAUCUGUGUGUUUGUAUUGUGUUCACCGAUCACUGUAAGAUUAGAGUCACCUAUAAGGUCUGUACUGGUCCUCGUGUGUGCAGUGUGAGUCAAUGUGGUCAAUUUAUUCAGUGUUAAAUACAUGCACCAGUUAGCAGCAGAGAGGUGCUGUCACAGACACCCUGUAAAUGAUUUGAUCCAUCUUCUGCCCUUUGUAUUUGUGUCUUUAUGCAAAGUCACCUUGAUAUGAACUGUGCUCUUAGGCAAUCAGGGAUGCCUUCACUUUACCCACAGAACAUCAGAAAUAUCAAUUUUAGAAUAAACACCCUACUCUUUAUGGAUACUGUGUUUAGGUUUGUAACCCCUUUCAGCUACUAACCUUUUUUUUUUUUUAAGUCAUCACAAGCAAUAAAUCUACAGGUCAGCAUGUAAGAGAAAACUUGGCAUCCCUGCCGCUGUAUCACUGUGUUUUACUUUGCUUUCAGACAGGAAGUAGCCAUGUCACUCAGUGCUCCCAUAUUUGUGCCAUUGUUACACAAAUUAAUACUCGGACUGAGGAUCCACUUGGGACCAAAUGGCCAUUUCGCUCCAUUUGCCUUGUUCUAGUGACAAGACUGUGUUCUUGGUGUCGAAAUGGUUUUACAUUCGUCAUGUUUUACUUUAUUGUAUUGUCUACCUCAGCACCAGUUCUUUGUGUAACUUUUAAAAGGUGCCCAAUUAUUGUUACUUUGUGCAUAAAUUUUGUAUUAUAGCCUUGUAGGGUUUUUGUUCUUCUCUUUUUUUUCAGCAUAGAGAUGCUGUUUUGAAGCACUGUGUGGUGUUUUUGAUGCUGCAGAUAGAGGUGUAGAUUCCUUUUCCCUUCUCUAUGUGGGUUCAGACACAUCUCUGUAUACGUCAGUGUUCUAAAAUAAACUUGUAACAGAAA